CAAAAUAUAUAGUUUAUGCGUGUGUAACGAUCCGAUCGGAUCUGGUUACGUGAUUGUAAUUUACAAAUAUCAUGGAUAUAAUAAACUUAGGAUUUGGUGCGAAAGUGAGUGGAAGAUACAUGAUUUUAAUAUGGAACAAAUAACCAAAAUAUCAAACUAAUCUUGGUGACUGGUAUCAAGUAAUAGUGCACUCCAAAAAGGUAGCCUGUACUAUAAAUAUUUGAACCCCAACUCUUUCCUAUUCACACUUAAUUCUCUCAACCUCAAAAGAACGUAAAGCAAUGGCAAAACAAUACCAAGCUCUCUUUCUACUCCUCUCCGUCUCCUACCUCUUCUCCUCAGAGCUCACGACCGCCACAAUCAGCCCGACUGGAACUUCCACAAAAGCACUAAACUUCAUUCAAUCCUCAUGCAAAUCCACAACGUACCAAUCCCUAUGCGUUGAAACUCUCUCGGUCUACGCCAAUACGAUCAAAACAAGCCCUCGACGCCUCUUGGAUGCAGCUAUUGCCGUGAGUCUGAACCAAGCGCUGUCCACGAAGCUCUUCAUCUCACACCUGAGGAAGAGUCCGUUCCAAACCCUUCAGGACUGUGCACCAUCGACCGAUACGUUCAAUACAGAUUGCCAGUGUUCUAUCGAAGAGCUCCAAGAGGUGGAGAAUUGUAACGGUUGGACCGAAUGCUUGUCUAAAAUAAACAAUGCUGAAGUGUGUGCCAUUGCGGGUGAGAGUCAUAGCGUUGAGAACACUUGCUCCAGCCCGUUCGCGGGUCCGGUAAAGAUGUCAGUUCAGGGUCGGAUCUCGGAUGCGGUAAGAAAGUCACUCCAGACCCGAUUCGCUAAGUUGCACCAAGAAAUAAACAAUGCCAAGCUGUUGUUCAAAGCCUUUCCGAAUAAUCAUAAGUAAUAAGACUUCUUUUGUUGUAUGCUAUCCAUUUAGUAUCAGUCCAUCAGAAGAACAAUGAAUAAACCACUUUCGAUUUUAAACAUA